AUGGUACAUUUGUCAGGAAUCUGUAGUGCUGGUCCCGCAUCUGAACUCCUGGAGGAGAUCUUCCUCCGGCUCCCCGCGGCCGCCGACCUCGCCCGAGCCUCCGCGGCGUGCGUCUCCUUCCGCCGCGUCGUCGCCGCCCACACCUUCCUCCGCCGAUUUCGCGCCAUCCACCCGCCGCCCCUCCUCGGCAUCCUCUGCGGCGGCCUCACCCCCGCCCAGCCGCCCCACCCUUCCGCCGCCGCGGCGGCCACCUUCGCCGACGCCGACUUCUCCUGCUCCUUCCUCCCCCCGUCCCGCGACCGCUGGUGCCUCCGUGAGGUCCGCGACGGCCGCGCCCUUUUCUCCCCCGCCCUCCAAGGGACCAACCACAAUUACAACCCCAGCGAUCUGGUCAAGGAAUUCGCCGUCUGCGACCCCCUGCACCACCGCUACCUCCUGCUACCUGUCCUCCCCGACCAUCUAGCCAGUCAAGUCCAUCCGCCGGACACCGUGGAAUGCGAGACCUUCUUCGCUCCUCCUGGCGACGAUGAGGACUCAUCAUUCAGAGACUUCAGAGUUAUGUGCUUGGUGCGGUCCAUAACCAAGCUCGUCCUCUUCGUCUUCUCUUCCUGCGCUGGAAGAUGGCUCGCUGAUCCGAUCACAUUUGAUGUGCUUGGAUGCGCGGUGGUAUCACGCCGGUACUACGCCCAUCGAUGCUUCUAUUGGCCAGAUUUAUGAGGCUGGCAGCAUGCUUAUGCUUGACACGGGCAGCAUGGAGUUCUCCACUGUUGACCUCCCACCUUCAUCUGGCCCUUAUAUGCCGGACAUGGUCAUUGUGGAGGCAGGAGGAGGAAGGUUUGGGAUUCUUACUAUCUCGCAUCAAAUUAAACGUGAUGCAUAUCAUCUCCUGUAUGCCGAACAGUCAAAGGAUGGGAAUGGCGCAAACCAGUGGCAGUACAAGUCCGUGAUCGCUUUGCCGGAAAAUCAUAGCUAUAGCGUGGGUGUAGCUGGUGGAUACUUGCUCCUAACUGGGUAUCCGGAAGACGACAGGCCAACAGUAGACUAUUUUUCACUGAAUCUCCAGACUUUCCAGAUUGAGUGGUUCUGUCAGACUGGUCCCUAUGCCAUAAUUGGCGAUCUGUAUGCCGAUUUCCCGCCGUCCUUGACCACACCAUCUAUUUGAAGUGGACUUGUCCAGAGAAUAAUGCUGAUGACAAAGGACCCACAAGUGCGAUGGCAUGUUAAGGAGAAUAAAUGCAAUUAUUUGCAGUUCGACAACAAUUUGCAGGUGUGAGAAGAUACUGUCUCUUUGAGCUACUGAAGAACAAGAAGCAUGCAAUGGAUGUCUGUUGCAUUAACCUUCCUUCUUGUGCUAUUUACGCUGUGCUUUUAAGCCUCACAAAAGAUUAGGCUACUAUCUUAUUAUGUGUUCACCGCCUGACUAUGUGCAGCUUUCACUGCCUAUACCGCAAGCAAAACCAGAGAAUCGCUUUACUAAUGUAUUCAGGCAGUGGCCCAGCUAGGUGACUUCCGGCAAGCAAGCUAUAUUGGCCGUGACAGCCCGCCACAGUAGUGUCUUCCUUCUUGGUUUUGGAGGACCGAACAUCGCUCAUAGUAUUUACAAAUGAAUGUCUGUCUUG